GUCUCAGGAACUACCCCCCCCCCCCCCCCCACCCAUCAUCUACGCUCCUCUCCAUGUCUUUCUGUCUUCUUCCCCCCCCCAUCUCAGCAGCGGACAAAGACGUGGACGAUUACUACACGCGCAAGAGGCACCUGCCUGACCUGGCCGCCCGCGGCACGCUGCCCCUGCACGUGAUCAAGAUGAGCCAGGAACAGCACCGGGACCAGCAGCAGCAGAUCCAGCCCCCCCAGCCUCCCGUCUCCCAGGCGCCCCCCCAGCCCGGGUCCUCCUCCCAGCAGCCCCAGAGGCAGCGCCGGCGGGUCCAGCGGGCCAUGUCCCAGGACCGAGUCCUCUCCCCGCAGCGCGCCCCCCAGCCGGGCGGCGGCGGCGGCGGCGGGGACUACGGCCCGGCCGCCGCCGCCGUCUCGGCCGCCGCCGCCGCCGCCAACGGCAUGUCCCCCUACGCCGGCCGCAUCCUCUCGGACGAGCAGCUGCUGUCGGCCGAGCGGCUCCGCUCCCAGGAGCGCCUGCUGCCCCACGACCGGCUGGCCUCCCAGGACCGGCUCUACUUCAAAGACCGCAUCUACUCCAAGGACCGGCUCAUGUCCCAGGAGCACCUGUACGCCAAGGACCGCCACUACUCCCAGGAGCACCUCUACGCCAAAGACCGCCACUACUCCCAGGAGCGGCUGUACUCGCACGAGCGCCUGCUGUCCCAGGACCCCCUGCUGUCGCCCGACCGGCUGGUGAUGUCCCUGAAGCGGGGCAUGGUGGGCAGCCACUCAGGCGGCGGGGGCGGCGGCGGCGGCGGCGGCGGGGGUUUCCGCGGCAGCGACAAGUCCAUGUCGCGCGCCAUCUCCCACACGGACGUCUUCGUGCCCACCACGCCGCUCAUGGACCGCUACAAGAUGAGCAAAAUGCACUCGCACCCCAGCGCCACCAACACCAACGGCGGUGGCGGCGGUGGAGGGGGCGGGGGCGGCGGCGGCGCGCACUCCAACACCAUGAACCAGACAGUGUCCAAGCGGCAGCAGUUUGCCUCGCGACGGACGCACACCAUGGAGCAGCUGCACUACGUCCCCCAGCACCAGCCGCAGCACUACCGCACGGGCAGCAAGACCGAAGUGACUGUGUAGCCGCCCCCCCCCGGCCCAGCGGGGAGGACUGUGCGUGAGUGUGCGUGUGGAACCCGUGUGCGUCAACAAGGUGUGCGUCUGCAGUUGAAUGGCGAGGGGGGGGGGAAACGGAGACGGGGGGGUGUUGCGGGUUCGGCGGGGUGUGUCUCCGGUUGCGUCCGUGGGAAGGACAGCGACGGAUGUUUCGUAGGGACGACGGGGGUCCCUCGUCUGGCCGAAGGGGUGAGGUCUCCGUGGGGCAGGAAGCAGUUCCUCAGAGACGCGGAGGAGAACAACGCUGUAUCGAACAGCCGAGCCCGGCCGAGGCGAUCUGGGGAGAAGCGCGGUCCCUUGCGCUUGAGAGAGCAUAGCGUCGUUGAAUCCGACUUACUUAUUCAUUCAAACGUCUUCACUGCCCAAUAAUCCGUCCGUGUGAAGCCCUGAUGAAAAGACGUGGAUAGUGUGUGUUUUAAGGCUUUAUCAGUCCCUUUGUUCAUCAAAUGUAUUCUGUGACCUUUUCUGGGGAAUCUCAAAGGGCUCUGCAUGGUUUCACAUGAGGAUUGUUGAUGGGUUCCAGACGACAUACGAAGCCGCGGGCGAUGAGCCAUGAGGAGCCGGUAAUAACUUUAUAAAUAUAUAAAUAGGAAUAUGAAAAUGACCAUUUGUAAGCCCAGUCCUACUCAUAGCUAUAGAUAAUCUCACGAGAGGGAGAGACAUGGAUGCUUGUAAGCACUUGCAUCAGGGGGUGGCUCCUGACAGACAGUUUCAUCUCUAGUGAAAAAAACGACAUAUAUUAAAGAAAAAUCACACACAAAGAAAAAA